AUGCCUCCAAAAGGAAAGAAGACAAGAAGAACGGUUGGAGAAGACGCCCCUCAAGCUUAUGUCCAACCUCCACAAGCUGAAUUCCCUAUGAACGCCCUUCUCGAAGCCUUAAGAGCUAUUCCCGCUCAACAGAUGGAUCUUGCCGCUCGACAGAGUCAUCAUUUUCAAGUCUUUCAUCGGAUCCAAGUGCCUGAGUUUGAUGGAGGACAAGAUCCCAUGGUAGCUGAAAGGUGGUUGAGGGAGAUAAAGAAAAAUUUCAACACAAUAGGAACACCUGAGGAAUAUCAAGUUACUUUUGCUGUGUCCAAGUUAGAGGGUGGUGCAACAGAUUGGUGGGAGACCUUGUCCAGGACAAUGGAAACUGAUGGGAUGACUUGGCGGGAUUUUGAGGAAGUUUUCAGGGAGAAAUAUUUUAGUCCAUCUCACAGGAGGGCUCUUAUUGGAGUAUUUGAUGGUCUAAGACAAGGGGAUAUGACUGUGAAUGAAUUUUACAUGAAGUUUGUAGAGUUAUCCUCUUAUGCAUAUCCUGGUGUUGUUGACCAACCCUUGGUGAUUGAACAGUUCAUGCGUCGUUUAAGGCCUGCGAUACCCUUGCGAACUGAAGCUCAUGUAGAAGGGAAUGAGAAGAAGAACACAAGCAAAGGAAGAGGAAAUGACCGAAAGAUGACCAAGAAGAAUCAAGGACAGUGGUCCCAAGGACAACAAUUUAGUGGGGUUAGCACUAGUAGUGGUUCAUCUGGAAAGACUCGUAGUGGACCAUACGAGUGUUUCAGUUGUGGUCAACAAGGGAGCUAUGUAGAGUCUACUCCUUUUCAUGGACAGCCCAAGACAAACCAGUCCCAGUCUUCAUCCUAUGGUUUCACACCCCAAUCGAGCACGCAAUCUCAGUAUCAACAUCAGUUCAGGCCACAAGGUUCAGGGUUCAACAUGGGGUACUCACAAGGUUUCCAAACUCCUGCUCCUAGUGGGAGUCAAAGAGGGUACAAUCAAGGUGGAGGGUCUGGUGCAAGUACAAGCUAUCCUAGUCAGGGAAGGGGAAAGGUAAAAGCAAAGUCAUCCGCUCAAGCCUACGCUCUUGGGGUUGAUGUUGUACAGGGCGGUGCUGACUAG